UGGCGCAGUUUGAAAUCUCGGCGGGCGCAGCCGCGCGCGCAGUAUGGCGGAGCAGGGGCCGGCGGGGAGCGCUGCGGAGGCGCAGCGGGAGAGCCGCGACGGUGCCGCGGGCAGCGCUGCCCGGCAGGAGCGCGCCGGGGACUCGAAGCCAGAUCUGCUCCAGGAAGAUGAUGAUUCCAGCAGUAAUUAUGGCAGUGGUGAUAAACCAGGGACUACUUUAGGAAGGACUAUGCCAAAUGGGAAUAUGCGUUUUCCUGAUAUUUUUCACACCAAUUAUCUUUUGUUUUAUGAGCGAUUUAAAGCUUACCAGGAUUAUAUCUUGGCUGACUGCAAAGUUUCUGAAGUGAAAGAAUUCAUAGCUGAGUACCUGGUGAAGGUCCUUGAACCAUCUGGAUGGCAGGCAGUCUGGCGCACUGAUGUGUUUGAUGUCCUUGUUGAGGUUGUUGAUGUGGAGUAUUCAGCUCUGAAAGCAGUUGUGCAACUCAGUGAGCCUUUCCUGUGUGAGUUGCGGGACAGCACCUUUACCUUGGAGUGCGUGCAGGAGCUCUUGGAGCUGAAGGAGGGAAAGAUACUACUGCAGGAGCUGUGGGUUGUGUAUGACGAGUCAGGAGAGUUAGACAACACAGCACUAGCUGUAGAGCAUGUCAGGUUCUUCUACCAGUGCAUCUGGAGGACCUGGGAUGAGGAGGAGGAUGAUGAUUUUGAUUACUUUGUGCAAUGUGUUGAGCCUCGACUGAAAUUGCAUUAUGACAUCCUUGAACACCGUGUGCCUUCUGAGCUUGUGGCAAAUUACCAGAAAUACUUGUCUCAAUGUGAAGAGCUUUACAGCAAGUUUUUAAAUGUGAGGAACCACCUAUCAAGCAGUGGUUUAGACUCGGAAGUAGAAAAUGUCUCCAUGGUGGAAGGACUAAAAUUGUUUGAGAAAAUAGAGCACUUAAAACGAAAGCUAAAACUAAUUGAGAAUCCUCUGCUGAGGUACGUGUGUGGUUACCCAAAACACAGCAGUCUCCAAGCUAAAGGAUUGAGACCAACAGGUGCCAAGAUCACUCACAUUGUGUCCUCAACCAUGGUGGCAAGUAUGCUGCAGUCAUUGAUAAGGGACAAACUUUGCCCUGAAUCUUGUGGUGAAGAACGAGAAAUACAGUUUCACAAUGAUCCACUGGCAGCUGUAAAUGCCUGUUAUGAAGGAGACAGAGUCAUCAUCUGUCCUGGUCAUUAUGUUGUAGAUGACGAGUUCUGCAUUGCUGAUUCAGUUGAACUAGAAGGCUAUGGCCUGCCAGAUGAUAUUGUGAUAGAAAAACGAGGGAAAGGAGACAACUUUGUUGACUGUACAGGAAACAAUAUAAGGAUCUCCAGUUUGAAGUUAGUGGAGCAUGAUGCUGCGGAGGGGAUUUUAAAUGUCCAUCAUGGGAAAACAACCUUGGAGAAUUGUGUGUUACAAUGUGAAACUGCAGGUGUAACAGUACGAACUUCAGCUGAGCUGUUAAUGAAAAACUCAGAUCUGUAUGGUGCCAAGAGUCCUGGUGUGGCAAUAUAUCCAGGUAGUACGUGCACCCUGUUGGGCAAUGGCAUACACCACUGCAAGGAGGGAAUACUCAUAAAGAACUUCUUAGAUGAACACCAUGACAUCCCCAAGAUAACCAUGAUCAAUAAUAUGAUCCAUAAUAAUGAAGAAUGUGGUGUGGUCCUGGUUAGACCAACAAUGCCCUCUGAUGUGAAUGAUGCUUCAGCAGAGAGAACAAAAGGGAAUACUCAGCCUACCCAGUCAGGCAGCGGGACAGCCUGUGCAGAGGGCUUCAGGCAAGAACUACCACCUGAAUGUUUAACUGAUGAGUUGGAGCUUUAUGAGCAAGCUGAGAUUUCUGAACAAACUGAAAGCAAUUACAAAAUUGCACAUGAACUCAUGGUUACUUAUGCGAAGAGCCAGCUGGAGAAGAGAAGACUGAGUGAACUGGGAAGUACACAAGCUGAUGACAACUUAGUGUCACAGGAAAUGUUUGUUUCUAUUGUGGGCAAUCAGUUCAAAUGGAAUGGGAAAGGAAGUUUUGGUACCUUUCUUUUCUGUCCUGACACCUAAUGGCAUUGCAAUAAGAGAUUAGCAUAAGCUCUUGUUUUCACUGCUGCUUUCGAAGGAGUUAAUCUGUUCUAUUAGCCUUCCAUAAUGUUACUAAAAUGUCACAAAUAUUUAUUAAUAGUAUAUGUGUAUAGUAUGUGGGAACUUUGCUUCCUUGCGGCAAGUAUGGAUAACAUGGUAGGAAACAGAACUCUAGCAUGGAGACUGUGCAUGUAUUCUGCUAAUCUACAGAUGCUGCUGCUUUGCUGGCUCUGAUUAAUUUCUUUUGUGUAUUUAACUUCUCAUUGUACAAAAAAAAAAAAAAAAAAGCCACCCAA